UGAGUAAAAGAGGUUGAGCCGGAGAACCGAACGCAAUCUGAUUGUGUCACAGAGACGGUGAACACCUGAACACAAUCUGCUCUGAUCAUGCUGUGGACGCCGGUUCUCUGUCUGUGUUUGUGUGUUCAGUCUCUGGCGGUCCCCGUUCCAGCGCCCCGGGCCACUGAGCACAGAAAACUGCUGCUGGUCUCCUUCGAUGGCUUCAGGUGGGACUACGACAGGGACGUGGACACGCCGCACCUGGACGCCAUGGCGAAGGAUGGGGUCAAAGCCACAUACGUGACCCCUUCGUUCCUCACUAUCACCAGCCCGACACACUUCACCAUCCUCACAGGGAAAUAUAUAGAGAAUCACGGUGUAAUUCACAACAUGUGGUUUAACACCAGCACCUGGGAGAAGAAGUCCUACUACAAGUCCCAGUUUGUGAACGAGUGGUGGGACAGUGGAAGUGUGCCCAUAUGGAUCACGGCUCAGAGACAGGGUCUGAAAGCCGGUUCCCUCCACUUUCCUGGAACAGCAUCCACUUAUCAGGGAGAAAGUGCUGUUGUGAGAGAAGUGGAGCCGGAAAACUACAACUACAGCAAUGAAACGGCCUGGCGAGAGAACAUAGAUAAAGUGAUGGAGUCCUGGUUCAGAGGGCAGGACCUGGACUUUGUGUCCAUGUACUUCGGAGAGCCCGACGCCACGGGCUCUCCCGAGCGCAGGGCGAUGGUCCGGCAGGUGGACCGGGCCGUGGGAUACCUGAGGAGCUCGGCUGAGAGACACGGCCUGAGCGAGAGCCUCAACAUCAUCAUCACGGCCGAUCACGGCAUGAGCACCGUCUACAGGAACGGCCUGGUGGAGGAGAUCGUGCUCUCCAAGAUCCCAGGCUUCUCUUUUGGAGAUCUGUCCUUCCAUAUUGUGGACUUCGGACCGGUGGGACUUCUGCUUCCCAAAGAAGGGAGACUCGAUAAAGUGUACAACGCACUGAAAGGCGCUCAUCAGCAUCUCCACGUCUAUAAGAAAGAGGAGAUGCCCGCUCGCCUGCACUUCUCCCAGAACGAGCGCAUACUACCCAUCAUCCUCUGGGCCGAUCUAGGAUACGUCAUCAAUGGGUAUUUCCCAGUGCAGUUCCACAAGGGAGAGCACGGCUAUGAUAACCAGGCUCUGGACAUGAAGCCGUUCUUCAGGGCCGUGGGGCCCGACUUCAGGAGGAACCUGCAGGUGGAGCCGUUCGAGACCGUGAACAUCUACCCUCUGAUGUGCCACAUGCUGAACAUCACACCUGAACCCAACGACGGCCAGCUGGAGCUCACACAACACAUGCUGACCUCCUCCAGACAGCCCGAGAAUGAAGGCUCGUCUGAUGAUAAUAUCCUCACCAGUGUUUUCACUGGACUGGGAGCUGUUGCUGGUUUUCUGCUCCUCGUCUUUGUCGUUCUGAUAAGUCGUGGCAUUUACAAACGCAGGAGGAACAAGAGCAGUUACACAGACGAGGGGAAGAUUGACACGUGUCCGUCUGAAACUAAACAAACCUCGUUUUAGAACCAGGACAUCCAGAGGAAGAUAAACACACACAUAUUAUGAGGAGGACAUCCUUCCAACCGUUAGAUCGGAUGGAUCUCCACGUCAGAAAUAUCAGAUAUGG